UACCAUCGACGCAGCAUGGGUAGGAUUUUUCGACUCCGUGCUACGUAACGUAAGAUUUCGGGAACGUGAUUCGAGAUCCUGGAACAUGUGAAUGUUCCUAGGUGGACUGAUUUGAUUGGCCAAAGACGCGAGAGCCGCUGUGAUUGGUAGUGUUAAGGUUGUGAUAGUGCGAAUUUGAACUAUGAAAAAGACUGAUUGGUGCGUUUAGAGAAUUUUCGUGCCGUAGCAGGAUGCCACGUCUGGCCGUAUUGUCGCAAUAUAGCAGGAGUGAGACGCCCUCGUGUAGUCCGGCGAGCAGUCCUGUGGCGGGAGUGUCGUCCAGGAGCGCCAGUCCCUUGUCCCCCCUGCCGCCGAGGCACAGUGCCUUUUCUCUAGUCUAUCCAAAGGAGUUCCAUCGGAACAAGAACUACUUAGUCAGUGGGAUGAGUGCGCUGAUGUAUGCGAACUCGCUCAACACCCUCGUUCCCACCCCCUACAACCCCUACGUGUGGCACCCCAUCCCGGGCUUGUUCCUGCCGUACUCCCCCAAGAUGGAGUCCCUCAGCCCGGAAAGCGCCACUUCCGCGGACCAAGCUUUCACCCCGGAAAAAGUGAAAACAGAGGACGAGGUCCCCCUCAACCUGUCCAUGAAGGGGCGCUCCCGGACCCACAGCAUCUGGUCCCCCGGGAGCCUGUGCGAGCAGGAGAUGAAGUCCGUGGUCGAGAAGGCCGACUCCAGCCAGCCGGCGCUGCACGCGUCGCAUCCGCCCGAGUCUCGAUGGAAAUGGGAGGGUCCCGGCGAGAAGGACCCCCAGAGCAAGGCCCCCACGAUCGGUCCCGGCGGCGAGAAGCAGUUUGUGUGCCAACAAUGCGGAAAGUCCUUCAAGCGCUCGUCGACGCUCACCACGCACCUCCUCAUCCACUCCGACACCAGGCCCUAUCCAUGUCAGUACUGCGGAAAGCGCUUCCAUCAGAAAUCCGACAUGAAAAAGCACACCUACAUUCACACAGGCGAGAAACCCCACAAGUGCGUCGUCUGCUCCAAAGCCUUCAGCCAAUCGUCCAACCUCAUCACCCACAUGCGCAAGCACACGGGCUACAAGCCCUUCUCCUGCGGCCUCUGCGACAAGGCCUUCCAGCGAAAGGUGGACCUUCGGCGGCACCGGGAGUCGCAGCACCCCACGGCGCCGGAGUCCGUAAUCUACGCCAAAACCGAAGACGUCAAGCAGGAAGUGAGCAGCAGCAGCUAGGACCUCGCCGUCCCGUGCCAUGACCGACCCGUGACUGCGGUGCCAUCCUGUAUAUAAGUACAUAGAAGGCUUGGGACCAGUCUAGUCUGAGACAGAUGCCAGUGUUACCAUCGUCCAAAGUGCAUAAAGCUGGAAGCUUGGAGCGAUGAAGAUUCGGUUCUUGUAAAUUCUGUGAUUGGAGAUUUUUGCGACUGUACAGUGAUUUGUAUAAUUGCACUCUUGUUCCAUAUUUGCACUUGAUUUAGGAGGGUUUUACUAGGGGUUUUCGAUGGCUGGUCGAAGGCUGUUAGUAAAACUUCAUACAGCUUUCAAGACCAAAGAGAUCUGUAAGUAGUUUGUAUGGUUAGUUUUAAGGGUUUUUUUGUACAUAUUUGCUAAGAAUGUAAUGGGUGCCUUGAAUUGUUAGAAACAUUAAAUGUUAAAAUUUAUAAUAAGGGUGAAAUGUAUUUAAUUUUUUUAAAUA